UAUGUCAUGCCAGCUUUUCUACUACAGUCCUAGACUGUGUAUCUUUUUCUAUUGGAUUUUUGUUAUGUUUUUAUGUGUGACUUGUAAGUCUCGUUCUGUAACUCGGCAUUACCAGAAGAAGUCUUUGAGAGAAAGUCAACAGACUCCUAAUUACUUUUGGGACAUUUGCAGGGUAUUUAUUUUAUAGAUACGUCAUUAAGAUAAUAGACCUUGUAUCGGAUCACGCGAAAUAUAACAAAAGGAAACUCAUUAUUGGAUGUAAUUCACGCAUUAUUGGAAAUAUCAUUGUUCAGGGCAUGUAUAAAGUGCUAAGUGACAUGGGACACUGAUGAAAUAAGGAUCAGAAAAUCAUUUAAUUGAAUUUUAUUUUGAGUACGAAAGCGUUUGAAAAAUUAUCUACUGUACUACUUAACUGACAAUUAUAGAGCUGAAUAGGUGACUCAAUAGAAAAACAGCGGACCAUUUCUCAACAGUCUGAUAAAGUUUUGGUCAUUAACAUAAUGGGGAGCGCAUUAGAAGAAAUUAAAGAAAAACUGACUGGUAACUGGGAGUUAGAUAGGACUGAAAAUUUUGAAGAGGCAUUGCAGGCAAUGGGGCUAAAUGUUGUAUUCCGAAAGUUAGCCAGCCAUGCCAAACCAAGCAUGGAAAUACAAGUAGAAGACGGCAAAGUGAAGAUCAUUGCCAAAGCUACAUUUUUUACACAGACAAUGAUGUUUCCAAUUAAUGAACCAUAUGACCAAGAAUUUGAAGGGAUCAAAAUGAAAUGUUUAACAAGAUGGGAUGAUAAUAAACUUAUAACAGAAGCUAAUCCGGUAGAACCAGAGAAGCAUAAACCACAAACUUUUCAUAGGGAACGAAUUAAUGACGAACUAGUCCAGACAAUGUGGAUUGGAGACGUCAAGUGUACAAGAUGGUUUAAACAACAGACGUGAUGACGCAAAACAAUAGUUUAUAUUUUAUCUCAAUUUCAUUAUAUUGCUGUUGUACACUUUAUUAUGACCGCUUUGGUUUUAUAAUGGGUCCGCUUUUUUUUGUAUAAACACCGCUUUAGAUUUAAUUCAGGCAUAGCCUGGUAAAUGAUGUGAAAGCGUCUAAAUGUAAUAAAGACCAUUAAUGAAAACAAUUACGAAGUUAUGUAAAGUAAGGUGUCAAUUGAACACCAGAUAUGACACGGAAAGAAAUAGUUGAAAAUGUGAACAUACCCUUGGAACUUUUGUGAAAGGAAACCGGGAAUUCAAAAAUGACUUUGGCUGGCCAUCCUAAAACCCUUGAAGAAUACAGUAUAGAGAACGAGACAUCAACUCGUGUGACCAUAUACAUGGUUGUAUUAAACAAAACAUAAAAGGCCGAUGUAUUUUUUGUUGAAAGGGUGUUGUUAUAAACUAAUUGUGAUAUACCGUUAUGCUCAAAAGAAUCCGACAUCACAGAAAUUGUGGACACGACCAAAAAGCACUGCAUCACUAAUGAACUAUGUGUCAUACUAGUCUUUUGUUAUUAGAGGUUAACAUGAAACAAACACGUAAACACGUGGAGGAGGAGGAGGAGUGCUUUUGAGUUGCGAUGGCUCUAGAAGCUAACGAUAGCCCUCGGACUAUUAUUACCUUGCCGAGGACAUAGGACACUCAAAGACAUCAUUCUCCCAUAUUUACUGCUUAAUCAUACUGUAAUGUUUUCUGAAAUACACUUAUUGCAAUUACAUAUAUCAACAAAAGUAUUAAUGGACAAAUGGGUUUGAAAAUCACUUCUGACUCCUUUCGAUUAUUUAAUUUUCAAGACGUUUUACCUUCAGAUUAAUUCCGUUAUUGAAAAGCUUCCUUACGACCUGUGAAUACGGGACAACACACUGUGUACGUCGAUCUUAGGCUGUAUUAUUUAAAACAUAAGUUAUUCUUAAACUUCUAUUUGUCACAUAUUAAAAUGGUUUUUGAAAUUCUCAGCAAUAUCUAUGAAUUUCUGCAGUAGAAUAUUGUAGAUCAACAUGUAUAUUUAUAGACUGACUUGAUGUUGUGAUUGUGUUCAAAAGUCAAUGUGUGAUGGUUAAACGCAAUGUUUCUGUUUUUCUGCAAGUCCAUUACGCUGUUGUUGUUUAAAAUGUGCGCAAUAAAUCUUAAUAUCAGUA